AAGGUGGCUGUUUGUACAUAGUGGUUUAAACUAAAGUUAAAGCAGAAGUUAUUAAUGUACUUCUAAUCAAUGUGAGAAAGUUAUUCAAGAUGUGCUAACUUCUAUGACUGUAUUCUUUCUGAACUGAAGCACAUUUAAAAGAUUUAUAGACCUUUAAAACAGGUCAUUAGAUAUAAAGGUCUAUUAGACCAAUACAGAUCAUUCCGUAAAGUAAGAUUUUUGUGUUUUAAAAAUAAUUCAUCAUGGCAUUUGCUGGCUUGAGAAAGCAAAUCAACAAAGCCAACCAGUAUAUGAGUGAGAAGAUUGGUGGAGCAGAGGGAACUAAGUUUACAGAGGAAUAUAUGGAAAUGGAAAGAAAAGUAGAUUUGCUGAAUGAGUUAGUGGAAGAACUGAUAACCAAGACAAAGGAAUUCCUCCAACCCAAUCCAGCCUCGAGGGCAAAAAUGGUGGUUAGUUCAAAAUUACGAGGAGGAACCAAGACUCAUGCUUAUCCUCAGCCUGAAGGAAUCCUUGGAGAUGAGAUGGUCAAAUAUGGAAUGAAUUUUGGAGAAGAGAACAUAUUUGCUCAGAGCCUAAUAGAAACAGGGGAGACAUUAAGGCAGAUGGCGGAAGUGCGUUUUGCUCUAGAAGACAGUGUAAAACAAAAUUUUCUGGAACCUCUACAUCAUCUUCAGACAAAGGAUUUAAAGGAUGUAUUGCAUCACAGAAAAAAGCUUCAGGGGAGACGGCUAGAUUAUGACUGCAAAAAGAGAAGACAAGCAAAAGGGUCUAUGCCAAAAGCUAAACAAGGAACAGCUGUCACAGAGGAAGAAAUUAGGCUAGCAGAAGAUAAGUUUGAAGAAUCAUUUAACCUAGCCUCCAUGGGUAUGCAUAACCUUUUGGAAAAUGAUGUGGAACAGAUUUCCCAGUUGGCAUCCUUGGCAGAGUCCUUAUACGAGUAUCAUUGUCAGUGUGCUGAAAUUAUGAGAGAAUUAAAUGAACGGCUUAUUGAACACAAGAAUUUAGCAAUGGGACGUCCCCAUGAACCAUACCAACCCAGGAAACUUGAAGAACUGAACAUUCCAGCAAUCCAGGAUGACUUAUCCCCAGGAGACAUAACCAUGAAUUAUAAUGGAGGCCCUCCUCCUUAUCCAAUGGUUUCAGCUUCACCUGCUCGAUCUCCUGCAUCAUCUCCUAUUAACCCACGCCACCCUGAUACACUGUUUCUAACUGGGCAUGGAAGUCCUUCCACUGGUGGUGCCACAUCACCAUGUCGUUCACCCAGUCGCUCUCCUAAUGCCUCUCCACUUCCUUCUCCUGUUCGUUCUCCAGCUAGAACACCAGUGCGUCAGCAGCCUUGCUGCCAAGCCCUCUAUGAUUUUGAUCCAGAAAAUGAGGGAGAGUUGGGUUUCAAGGAAGGGGACGUGAUCAAUCUUGUGUGCCGAAUUGAUGAAAACUGGUAUGAAGGCACCAUGAAUGGCCGCUCAGGCCUAUUUCCUGUGAGCUAUGUCCAAGUGAUGGUGCCACUGCCAUGAUCUGUGAAUCUGACCAUGGUGCCACAGAUAGGUUUAAAAUCUGCACAGAAUGUCGUGUAAAGGUCUCAUUUAGUCUCUUUUUUUUUCCCCCUUAGUUUGGCUAAUUUAUUUUGGUCAAAGGCUCAGGAUCCUGGCAAUAAGGUAGUCUUAAGUGUUAACUCUUUAUUUACUAAGAUGAUGAUAAUUUUAGUGCUGAUGUACCCAUUAAAUUCCAUGUAAAUGGACUUCCUGAAGUUGGAAAACAAGGUAAACAAUGCUUAGUGAAGUUAUAGUCAGACUUAGUUAUAAAAGAAGUUAUUUCCAAAUAGUGUUGAGGUUUCAAAGAAUACCCAUGAAUUCUAAUGAAUGGUGCUAUAGAGUCUGUAGUAAUCAAGAAAUGUAAAACUUUCAUUAAGAUUUUUCAUAUAGAAUAGCCUGUUCUGGAAAUAGAUCAGAAUUUCGUGUUCUGUAUAGAUAAUUUUGUGACAUUGUCUGAUUUAUACAUUAAAGAUAUUGAUAUAUUAGUUAUUAAACAAAGGGUUUUGAAAUUUACAUUUAUUUUCUUCCAGAGCAAUUACAACUAUUUCUGGAUUGUUUAAUAAAAAAAUCUUUACUCGUGAAUGUAAUGGCAAAUUGAUUUUAUAUAAUAUAAGAAUGAUUUAAUAAUUGGUGAAAUUUAUUUCGUACAGAAACUUACUAUAUUAAUGUAGAUGUGUAUAACUGAAGACAAAAGAAAAUUAAUUGCUUCAGGUGCAGUACCAGCUGCUCUCACAUUUUAAUGUUUUUAUAAAAGAAUUGGUUAAAUUUCUGUUGUGUGUAAUGUUUUAAACCUCUAUAUUUAAACAUUGAAAGAGAAGCAGGAGCUGUUUGUAUUUCUGUUUUUUCUUAGUAUAGAUAAACCAUGAGAUUUAUUACCUGAUUUGACAUUGUUUUAUGUUCUAGUGUUACAAACUCAAAUUAUCUUACACGAUAUUGCCAGGUUCCUUUUUGUUCUGAUUCGCUGAACAUAAUGUCUGGAAUGUCCAUGUUCUUUUGGGAAUGUUAAACAAGACUGUGCGUGUGUGUGUGUGCAUUGCACAAAUGUUUUGUGUAGUAAAAGAUUCUGUAACUAAGAAAAUUGGGAUUUAUGAUAAUUUUCACUUGGGAAUGUUAUGAAUUGUUGUAUAAUUUAAUAAUUUCAUGUAAGAUUUCUUCUGUACAGCUUUGUGAUGGGUUCCACUAACUGGAUAAAACAGUAUGUUCUAUCUAGCAUACGAGGUAGUAAAAUGUGAACUACUAUGAUCGAUGACACAGCAUUAAAGCUGAAGCUUCAUUAUGGUGGUACGUUAAUUUGUAUAGAUAUUAUUUUAGAGAUGACAUGGUAAAAGUUAUGUACAGCAUACUUUUACUUAGAACAUCAUAUAUGUUAGAUUCAUAGCUCAUAGUGCACCUGAUUUUAGUUUUACAUCUACAGUAUUUUAACUAGUUUCUCACAUCAGUAAUUCAGUUCAGUUGGUUCGGAACUUUUUAUAGGGUGUUUUAUUAGCCAGCUAUUUUCUAGAUUAUUUAAAUUUUAUUAUUACUAUUUGUAACAUUUUAUUCACUGCAAAGGAAUACACAUUAAUAUAGGUAUUUGAAUAAUAAGUGACGUGUAUUUUAACAUGAUGUGACACUCUGUAGCUUUCUUUGGUUUACAGAUGAGAGGUGAUAUUUCCCCAAACCAGACUAAUGUAUAAAAACAAAACAACUAAAUGGGUCACAUGCUUUAACUUGGAUCAAAAUGCCUGAUUUUAAUGAAAAUAAAAACCAGACAUGGUACUUAUUGUUUUAAAACUCUUUUAAUGUUGGCUAUAGUAAUAAAUUAUUAGUUAGUUGAUGUUUUCUGAUUUGAGCAUGAUAUAACUUGCUUUAUAAAGUUAUCAGCUCAUGUAAUUUGAGUUUGUUAUUAUAUUAAAGUGUUCAGUGUUCUUGUUAGUAGGAUAUAAGUUAGUUCUGUGUAGUAACCAGCUUUGCUAGUGCUUAUGAGGAAUACAUUUUUGUCCCCAAUCCAUAUUGUUAGUUCAUUACCACAUCUUUUAUAUCAUUAAAACUUAGAUAAUUUAAAUCACUUACAUUACUAAAACCUAUCUUUAAUAUGCUUAUACAUGCAACAAAAAUUGUAUAAUCUUUUAAGCAUAUUAACAGAUAUUAUGAUGCUCUAAAUGUGUUAGUGGAACUCAUCCAAAGUAUUUUUGUGUAUUUGCCCUUCAUCCAAACAUUUACAGGAGACAGAGUUUGAAGAACCAGAAGAGCUAUUAAAUAAAUAACCUGUUCUUUGCCAUGAUUAUUCAGUUGUAAAUUAAUUGUUGACUUUUUUACAAUUUUGAUUAUAUUUUAUAGGCGAAAUAACUUUUUUUUUUGUGAUGUAUUCAAUAAGAGGUUUUAUCUAAAUUCUUCAUAUAUCUGGAAGCUUGGUUAAAAUCGAGAUAUACAAAUAUGGAAUAACAUUAUGCCUAACUGAUUUACAAGCUUUUUUACAAUCAUCAUUGUUUAACUUUGUUGAGGUAUGUAAAUAUAUUUAAUCAGUUUGAUUCACAAAGAGAUGUGAGGAGACAAUGGGAAAUGUGUUUUCAAAGAUGGCACCAUCUCUUUAAGAUGAUUGGUAGUAGUAGAAGUAAUGACAUCUCUGUUGUGCUAGUCAUUUUGUGGCUGUUGUACUUACAUUUGUUUUCCGUUUAGCUGUACUAAUUGUCCUCAGCCUUCAAGUAGGCUUCUGUGAGAAAAACGAAGAUGUAAUUUUAAACAUCUUUGCCUGUUAUCCACUAUUAACAUUUGUUUGUAUCAGAUGUUGAUUGUUAACAUUAUUAUAGAUCUACAUCUUUGCAUGUUAUCCACUAUUAAUGUUUGUAUCAGAUGUUGAUUGUUAACAUUAUUGUAGAUCUACAUCUUUGCAUGUUAUCCACUAUUAAUGUUUGUUUGUAUCAGAUGUUGAUUGUUAACAUUAUUAUAGAUCUACAUCUUUGCCUGUUAUCCACUAUUAAUGUUUGUUUGUAUCAGAUGUUGAUUGUUAACAUUAAUAGAGAGCUCUGUCAGAGUCUUAGUGCAGUUGCAACUUUUUGCUAUAUUUACUGUGUAUUUCAAACUUUAACUAUAAUGCAUAUAAAAAAUGAUAAAGAUUUUGGUUUAUUUACCCAAGGAAUGUUAUUUUACCUACUACUUAGUAAACUUAGAUUGGAGUGUUAGUGUCAACUGUAUUCUUACUGGAUAAUACUACUUCUUAUUUUACAUAAAUAUUAUGUCUUGUAUAAUUCCAGCAGAUGGUUCUUUUGUCCAGUACAUAUAUAUCCACCUGAAGCAAGGAUUGGUCAAUCUCUUAACUUAUUGAGUACUUUUGAGCUUGUCUGUGAUUUACUCAUGUUGUUAGUUGUAUAGUGUAUUCUCUAUGCUUUUUUGAUGUUUCAUUUUGUUUUGUGAAUUAAACCUUUAUUUUUUAUUGUGAUUAUCUGGUUAUUGGCAUUGUUGUGUGUUAUCCUCAUGAUUUUGUCCUAAUCUUCAGAAUGGUCUUUUUCUAUCCAUGCUGUAUUGUGGCUUAUUCCAUUUUUAUUUUUUAAUGUUCUAUAUCUGUGUCCAUGCUAAAUUAUACUAUUAGUGAUUGAUCUUUUAAAUAUAUUGCUGUUGUCUUCAUUGUAUCUUGAGAUUGCUAAUUGGUCUUCUGUUUUGUUUUGUUUUAUAUAUAUAUUAGUGUUAUAUUAAUUAAAACUUAUUAUAUAUAACUUUUUUCAUUCUUUUAUCAGAAUUGCAGUGCUGUAAAAAGGACUUCCUUUUGCCUGUGUUGUAUUUAGAAAUUAAUACUUUGUCUUUUAAAUAACUUAAUCUUAUAUUAGUCAUUUCUUUUAUCUUUUUUUUUUUUUUUCUACUGAGGUUGGUAUAUUGCCUUCUGAAUAGCACUUUUAAACAUAUUUUGUCAUGGGAUUGAUAUAUAUAGUUUUCUUAGUUACUUUAAUUUGUCUUUGGAUUAUGAGAUUGGUGUUUUGUCUUCUAAGUUGUAUUUUGAGAUUGGUAGUUGAUCACUUGAACAAUAAUAUGUUUUACUAACUUUUUGCCGUGAGAUUGGUACAUAGUUUACUUCCCAUAUUGUAUUAAUAGAUUGGUAAUGGUUUGUUAUUUUGAUUUUGAAGUUUUUUUUUCUACUUGUAUCUUUUUGAUAUUAUGUACUUACUAUGUUUUAUCUGUAUGCCGAUAAGAUAUUCUUGUUCUAUAAGCUUCUGAUGAUAUUUCUGAUAGGUUAUUUCUUUUCUUUCAAAUUGUAGGUUUGUUAGUGCAUGUGCUUGUUGUUGUUUUUUCUUCAAAUCUGUUGUUUUUUUAGUAGUGAUAUUUUGAAUGCUAGUACUAAAUUUGGCCCGAGAGUUUUAAACUUAUAUUUUGUUUGACAAUAAUUUGUACUAACUAAGGUGUUACUGAAACCUUAGUGUUUUUUGAGUCUUGAAUAUACUUUUCCAGUGAAUAAAGUUAAUGGAAUGUGAAGCAUAAAAUUAACCUCUCUUCUAAUUGGUUAUCAAUAGUGAAAGUAAACAAAACUGAAUUUGUUACUCAGUUCAUUUAAUAUACGUACUUCUCCUUACCUUAUUACCUAAUUCAAGUGGAGUUAAACUUCACUUCAGGUUCCAAAGUUUUAUUUAUGGUCUAAUGUAAGAUUUUGUAUUGAUACAGUUUGCAUAUUUAAAAGUAUGAGAAGGUUUUCAUGAUUCUGCCUUUAAUACUGUUUAAUGAAGAUUAUUGGUUUGUUUUAUUUAAGCACAAAGCUACACAAUGGGCUAUCUUUGCUCUGCCCACCACAGGUAUCGAAACCCGGUUUCUAGCGUUGUAAGUCCGCAGACACAGGUAGCUCAUUGUAUUAAUCCAGUGAUAAGAAAGGUAAUAGUUUGCUUUCAUUUUACAGUUAACUCAUGAGAGCUUAAACCAUGAAGCAUAAGUGUAUUCAGUUACUGUGUUUUGAAAUUUUGACAAUAACUUAUCAAUUUCUAUGAAACUAUUUCUUCAAACUUUGUCUUUCUGUGUAAUCUUGAUAUUGUCAAGUUAUGAUAGUAUUAUCAACGAGCAACGACUUUAUCUAUUGUAAAUUUGAAUUUCUGUGAUUGUUGAGUUUUGUUCCAGUGAUAGAAAUAAAUAGGCAUCAUCUCAAA